AUGGAAGGGGUUCAAGAAAACAUAGGUGAAGGUAUUUUCCAAUGUACAAAUCAUCCUUACAAAAAUAAUACAACCCCAGGUGGGAUUUGUCCUUUUUGCCUUCAAGAAAAACUUGGAAACCUUGUUUCUUCCUCUGCUGUUUUUCCUUCUUAUUCUUCUUCCUCUUCAACUUCUUCUUUUAAAUCUGAUUUUGGUAACACUUCCAUUACUUCUUCAUCUCUUUCACUCCAAACCAACAUCAAGAAUACCACUAACUUUACAAAAUCAAGAAAGUCUGAAGGUGAAAAUUUUGUCCAUCAGAAAAAAGGGUUAUGGUCAUUUCUUUACAACUCAUCUUCUAAACAUUUUUCCACAGUUAAGAAAUCUGAAAACCCUACAAAAGACAUUAACUUUCCUUCAUCUUCAGCUUUGAGUGGUGGUUCUAUAGUGGUAGAGGAAAAUGAGAUCAGUCCUAUUCAGGUUUAUUCAAGAUCCAGAUCUAUUGGCUGUGGAAGCAGAAACGUUUCAGGUGAUUGUAUUUUGCGCAGAGUUGAGUCUCAAAGAGAAGGUAAACAUAGAGUUUCCUCAAGAAAAGAAUGCAUUAAAGAAAGAGUAAGAUGUAGAGGGAUUUUUAGUGGUUUUAUGAUUACUAAUUCUUCUUCAUCUUAUUGGGGAUGGGUAUUAGCAAGUCCAAUGAGAGCUUUUAGUAAACCAUUAUCAAGUAAGAAAAGAGAAGCCUCAAACAAGAAUGCUACUCCAAAUUUGGCUGCCAUUCCUUCUUUAUUGACAAAUUAG